UUGAAGUUAUGUGGAGAGGAGAUCGACGAACUCCUUAUUGACAUUCUGCAUUCCCAUCUACGAGAAGGACCUUGCGGUGAAGGAGAUUUCAAGAUUCUCCUUUCCUUUUCUUGCCUUGAUUUUCCUGUUGAUCCCUGAGAUUCGAUACAAUGUCAUCCGAUCCCCAAACAGAUGAGAUGCUUUUAUUAGUAUCAUCUUUUUCUGGAGUUGUUGAUUCUCCUGCAUCAGAUUCAAAGGCAAAAAAACCUCCCAAAAGAAGAUCUCGUGCUUCAGAAAGAGCUCCUACAACAUUAGUGUUCACGAAUCCUGCAGACUUACAUAGUCGGGAGCAGAUACUUACUGGAGCGUGGAUGCAUGAAUCUCACGAUGUUUCUUUGGAUCUUUUUCCGUUCGUGUCCCACUGUUCGUUGUUCUCUUUGGGUUCUGAGUUCACCAAACUAGAUUUGAUCUCACUGUGGAUUGCUGAAGGACUUUUUCUGUCUCUGAUAGAUGAUUCUCGCAAAGCAGAGGAUGUUGCAAGUGACGUCUUCGACUCUUUAGUGUCUCACCGAGUCCUCGUUUUCUCUAGGUUUGAUAAAAUUCCUGAUUUUAUGAACCCUGGGAUUGGGAGAUUACUGUACAAAGUAAAUGAUUCCUCCACUUUGCCGCCUUCUUUUCGACCUGCUCUCCUCGACAACCGUCUCUUCAUAUUUCCUUCUCGCGGUCCCUCUGUUGAGCAAGUCCCUCGUGAUCUGUUUUUGUGGCUGAAGCACUUAAGAUCUUUGAAUUUGUCUGGAAGCCAUUUGUCUAUCAUUCCAAGCUCCAUUGGGAAUUUAAAGUGGUUGAUCUAUAUGGACCUCUCCUAUACACCCAUUAAAUUCUUGCCUGAUGCAAUGGUUUCUCUUCACAAUUUGCAGACUUUGAAGCUAAGGUAUUGUUCCAAUCUAAGGGCUUUGCCCAAGAAUAUGAGGAAGCUUACCAAUCUUAAGCAUCUUGAUCUCGAUGUUCUUAGGGCAUUGGAUUCCAUGCCCAUAGGAAUGGGUCAAUUAACUAACCUUCAAACUCUGUCUGCAUUUCUUGUUGGUAAGAAUGAUGGGAACCGAAUAUUAGAACUGAAGCAUAUAGUUAAUCUUGCUGGAGCAUUCUGCAUUUCAAGACUUGAGAAUGUUUCUUCUUUUGAGGAAGCUAAGGAAGCUGCUUUGAUAGAAAAGAAGUUUCUGGGAAAGUUGGAACUUAGGUGGACUAAUAGAAGAGUUCGCUCAAACAAUUUUGUAGAUCAGGAGGAAGAAAAAAUCCUUGAGCAUCUUCAACCUCCUUUGGGAAUUCAAUUCUUGAGGAUUGUUUGCUAUUGUGGUUCUAAGCUUCCCAGUUGGAUUAGUCAUCCUUCAUAUGAUUCUCUAACUGAUCUUACUCUACAUAGUUGUAGUGACUGCAAAUUCCUUCCAUCUAUUGGUGAACUGCCAUCACUUCAGGUUUUGAAAAUAGUAGAAAUGAUUGAAUUGAAAAGCAUAGAUCAUCAUUUUUGCAGGAAGGACUUCAACCAACAAGACCAUGCAUUUCCUAAACUACAGAAGCUUACAAUUGAAUCCAUGUCAAAGUUAGAAGAUUGGACAGGAAUACAAAACGGUGACUUCCCAGAGUUACACACACUUAAAGUGGAACGUUGCCCUCUACUAGUUUCACUUCCCUUGCUUUAUUACCUCUAUUCCCUCAAGCAUUUAGAACUAAACCAUUGCCCUAGUAUACUUGCUUUGCCAGACUCUGAUUUGCCUCUUUCUCUUGAAUUUUUCUUGAUGAAGGAUUGCGCUGAACUGAAGAAACGUUGUCACAAAGACGAAGGCAAAGAUUGGGGGAAAAUAUGUCAUGUUCCCAAGAUAGUGAUUGAUUAUGAGAAAAUUUCUUGGCAAGUAAGUAUGCCAGAGGAAUUGAGUGAUCCAAAUUAAACAUCUAGCACUAGCAGAUACUAUGUAAAAUUGCCGUUGUUAUGUAAGCUUUGCACAGCAGAUGCAUUUUACAUGUUAAAUAUGGUUUGCACAUGUAUUGUAAUGUUUGAAAACUGGUUUAAAUAUACUGAGUUUGGUAUCCCUGUGGUUAAUUCGAUCAUCAUAGAUGACAUUCUUGUCCCCUGUCAA